CUUUAGAUUUUAGAAUGGAAUUAAUAGAUGCACUCUAUCCGAUUCUUGAAAAAGUUGGCGAAACAAAUGCUCGUUUACAUGAAACCGCUGAUAUUGCUUUAUCUCAUAUCUCCAUAUAUUGUGGGUACUCUUCUAAGAAAGCAUUGGUAUUGGAAAAUGUUGACUACCUUGUCAACACUAUAUCCAGGAAAUUGAACCAAAUUAUGAUAAAUUCAAAAACUCCACAAGUACUUACAGCGAUGGUUCGAGUAGUCGGUAUUUCUUUACUACCUUAUUUAGAUGACUCAAUAGAGGAAAUUUUUGAUGCCUUGGAUGCUUAUCAUAUGAAUCCAAACUUAUUAGAUCCACUAGCAAAUGCCCUAUUUGCUAUAGUUUCUACUAUAUCUGAUUCUUUUGAAACAAAAGAAAAAGACACAAAUCCUCUUAACAUAGAUAAAACUCUAGAUUACGUGGAAUCGGAUACACCGGACUUAUCCAAAGAGAUCGCAGAUUUUGUAAAGACUUAUUCUGUAGGAAAAACUCAAACAUCUGUUCCAAAAGAGCAAGCAACUCUAGAAGAAAUUGGUCAAUAUUUUUUGAAUCGUCAAAAAUCAAAAGAAAAAUCCGAGGUUGAAAAUGGUGAUAAUUCUGAUUCUAUUUCUCAUAAUAACGAAAAUAUCAGUGAUGAAAGACCUAAGCCUACACAACCACAGGCCAUUUGUAUAAAAAUUAUAGACAAAUUACUCAAUUUUAUUACUGCAGCAUCACCUCAAUUACGAGUCCUAGUCCUUGAUGUUAUACGUAUAGCACUUCCCACGUUGCGAUCCAUUCCUUAUGAACUUUACCCUCUAAUCCAUAGAAUUUGGCCUUCCGUCUUGAACAGAUUAAAAGAUAAAGAACCAUUUGUUGUUCUCGGUGCUGCACGACUUAUACAAGAAGUUGCUAUCUCUUGCGGCGAAUUUUUCACCAGUCGUGUUGUUCAGGAUGUUUGGCCAUCAUUUCAAAGAUUGCUUUCUCAACAAUCUAUGGUAGAUAAAGAAUUUGUGGGUCUUAUUGAAUAUAGUUUUUCCAAAUCACAUCGGUUGAAAAAGACGAUAUUAGUGACUAUAAAGGUGGUAAUCAACCGUGUAUCGUUAUCUAAUCAAAUAACAUCACAAAUAAUUGAUACAUUAUGGCCAUUUUUAAGCGAAGAAAUUAAUGAAGAGCUUCAAGUUUCUGCAAGAGAAUUGUUUCGAGAAUUUGCACGUAUAAAUGCGAACACAACUUGGUUAGUGCUUAGAGGAUUAGUGGAGGAAUACACAUUUAUGACAUCACCUAAUGAUGCAAGCCUGCUGGAUGAUAUUGUUUGGCCAAAAUAUUUAUGUAGAUUUCCUAUUGGUAAUAAAAAGAAAUUGUUUGCACGAAAUGUAAAAAUGUUGUUGGAUGAACUUUGA